ACACACAAUCCCGGCCAAAAUUUAACAACUAGCUAAUUCUCAUCGCUAGAGAGCUCUCUAUCUCUUGGUUAUUUGGUUUGUGCUUUGAAAAUGUUGAAGUCGACGGAGGAUGUGGAGAAGGAGGUUAAUAAGGAGGAGGACAAAACGGAGAGGUCGCUGAUGAAAAUGGUUAAGUCGACGGAGGAGGUUAAGGAGGAGGCGGAUGAGGGUAAGAGGGACAGGUCUUUGAUGGGAAUGUUUAAAUCGAAGGAGGAGGCCAAGAAGGAGGUUGAGGAGGAGGCGAAGGAGGUUAAAACGGAGGAGUCGUUGAUAGACAAGGCGAAGAACUAUGUGGCAGAGAAGAUAGCAAAUGUGCCAACGCCAGAGGCAAGUCUGGUCGAUGUUGAUUUCAAGAAGGUGAGCUUUGAUUCUGCCGAUUACCUUGCCAAGGUUAACAUCAAAAAUCCCUAUUCACAUUCCAUCCCCAUCUGUGAGAUCGAUUACACCCUCAAAAGCAUUGGCAGUGUGAUCGCUUCCGGGAGAAUUCCAGACCCUGGAUCGAUAAAGGCAAGCGGUGAUACUCAGGUGGAUGUACCAGUGAAGGUGCCACACAGUAUAAUAAUGACUUUGGUUAAGGACAUCGCUACAGAUUGGGACAUUGACUAUGAGUUGGAACUGGGUCUCAUCAUUGACCUUCCUGUAAUUGGGAACAUUACCAUACCACUAUCCAGGAAAGGUGAGAUCAAGCUUCCCACCUUAAAGGAGUUAGUAUUUGGAGCAAAGGAGGAGGAGAAGGAUUCAAAAGAAAAAGACAACGAUUCAAAAGAAAAAGAUAAGGAUUCAGAUAAAUAGACUGGUGAGGACUGAUCGGUAAAGGAAGUGCUAAAGUCGAACUCUUCGAUCUUAUGAAUGAAUCAAUGAUCGAGUAACUUAAAAAUUUUUUAUUGUAGGCCAAGAAACCUGAUUUCUGGUUUUAUAAUAAUUUCGAAGAAAUUGUUAUAUGUGAACUGUUCAUUUUCUUUGACAUUCAAGAAAGCAAUUUAUAUGUAGGUUGUACUUUUCCGCCUUAUCAUUUUUCUCCAGAAUUACUUUCUUAUUGAA